GCAGAAAUAAACAUUAAACUGGAAUUUCUGUAGCAGCAUUAAACGACUUUGUAUGCAGUCUAUUUCGCUGUUUCUCUCUUCAUACUGUGGGCGUCUAAAAAGAAGUUUAAGGGUGAGAACGUCUCACUCAAAGAAGUAGGCAUUUACUACUGCCGGAGAAAAUGAAAUCUGAAAUUCAUUUUUCUAAUUGGAGUGGAAGGGGAGAGCAUUAUGUGAUCUCGAGCGGCUCGCCCACGCGUGCAAUCACAAUCACGUGAUUUAAUCUGUAGCCACAGUGAAUGCAGCACGAGCCACCUGUUUGUUUGGUAUAUCAAUAUUCUUCUAAGUCCACGAUUGAACUGUUGUUGGCAACAAACUGAUGUGUUUAAAGAUGUAUUAUUUCAUUGUCUUCACUGUCAAACUAUACCUCCUGUAGUUUGGAAGGUCACCCUUAAUCAAGAAGAGCAGCUGUAGACACCAGCAUCUGGAUUCCACUAUGAUCCUGAUGCACUGCACGCUCUCGGACUGACGGGUUUUCUCGGCAGCAAACUGGCAGAGAGAAAGAGCUCGCACAGACAAUUGGGAAGUGAAACCGUUGGGACUGAAGAGCAGCAGAGAAAUAAAUUCCUCAUAGUUGAAUCUGCAAAGCUGCUUUCAUUGAAGACACCACAAGGGGACAACUGCGGUGGCAUGUCUCUGCACUUAAAGUAACUCACAGGAUACGACUGCGAAAUGAAUGAGACGGAAUGAGUUUAGAAAGUGUUGUAUAAUAUAAAGCUAUUCAAGAUGACUGCAAAAGAGCUUCAUUACAAGUCUGUGAGAAAACUCCACCCUUUUCCUCCUUUGGCUGUGAAGUUCAGCACGAUGGCUCGGUAGACGAAGCGCUCAGACGCGGACAAACCAGAUUACAGUGACAAACUUGGACUCGUAGAGGACUGUAAUGGAACAGACACGGAUGACAGCCUAGCUUGUCUGGCACUGAGAUGUCAAAACCACAGAGAAGGCUAUUCUUCCAACUGUCACUGCAAGGAGAAUAGAGCAGAUCACACACACGCCUACAAGCAGACUGAUUUUUUAGAGGCGAAAGACUGGUGUGCGUUUGAACCGUGGCAGUUCAGAAGCGUGAAAGGGAGAGCUGGAGGAGAUCCCAUAGUGUAGGGGGAAGAGAGCGAAAAUAAAGAGCGGUAAAACACUCCACGGCAGCAGUGACACAUUGAAAGAGAAGACUGACAGACGGAAGAUCAGCAGUGGCAGUUCACAGGUGCACAAUUUUGUGAGAUUCACACACUUUUGGGUUUAAAGCCUGUGUCGCUCAGUACGCAGAGUAGCACUGAGUCAAGGUUUGGCACGGUGGCAGGGGCCGGUUCAUGGCAGUGGGGCGGACGCAUGCCGUCUGUGCCUCCGCAGCGAGAGGGACGCUUGGGCUUGGGCUGGGGUUGGGGAUGGGCCGCAUGGGCACGGACUCAGAGGACGGGAGAACUGAGGCCCUGGGCGCCCGUUGGAGCUGCGGCGGCAGGAGAACGCGGGGGAAUGCGAUGCUCCCUGCGCUUCUGCGUGGUCUUGGGAUCCCUUGCCCUCCUAUUUCUCACCUCACUCUUCUUCUCCUUCUCCCUAAGAGGAGGAGCCGGCCUGCCUUACUUUGAGCCCCCUGGAUGGGAAGAGUCACACAGAGUUAAGCUAGUGCCCAGCUAUGCUGGUUCCCACCAGGUGAUCCCAGCCGAGAGCGCUCAGCAGAAGACAUGUGCCUGCUCUCGGUGCGUGGGCGACCCAGGCGUUUCCGACUGGUUCGACGAGAACUAUGACCCGGACAUCUCGCCCGUGUGGAUUCGGGACAACAUCCAGCUGCCUUCAGACGUGUACUACUGGUGGGUGAUGUUGCAGCCUCAAUUCAAACCCCACAACAUCCAGCAAGUUCUACAGAGGCUGUUCCAGGUCAUUCCAGGCCGUUCCCCAUACGGUUCGUGGGACCCUGCCCGCUGUCUGCGCUGUGCCGUGGUGGGGAAUUCAGGCAACCUCCGCGGGGCGGGUUACGGUCCAGUGAUUGAUGGCCAUGACUUCAUUAUGAGGAUGAACCUGGCCCCCACUGUAGGGUACGAAGAGGAUGCCGGCAGCCGUACCACACACCACUUCAUGUACCCAGAGAGUGCCAAAAACCUGGCGGCCAACGUGAGCUUUGUGCUGGUGCCCUUCAAGACUCUCGACUUGUUGUGGAUCACAAGUGCCCUCUCCACUGGCCAGAUCCGCUUUACUUACGCUCCAGUGAAGCAGUUUCUGCGUGUGGAUAAAGACAAGGUUCAGAUUUUCAACCCAGCUUUCUUUAAAUACAUCCAUGACCGCUGGACACAUCAUCAUGGGCGUUAUCCCUCCACUGGCAUGCUUGUCCUGUUCUUUGCUCUACACGUAUGUGAUGAGGUGAAUGUAUUUGGUUUUGGGGCGGACAGUCGGGGAAACUGGCACCACUAUUGGGAGCAAAACCGCUAUUCUGGAGAGUUUCGUAAAACAGGUGUCCAUGAUGCAGACUUCGAGGCCCAGAUCAUCGACAAGCUGGCCAAGGCUGGCAAGAUCUCAGUGUUUCCUGGAAAGUGAAUCUGGGCACCAGGUGCAAAGAAAUGGACCAACUGAUGGACUACCAUAAACAAAACCACCCAUUUCCACUUGACACACUUAGUGUGCCUGUUAAACGUGAUCAAGAAGUAAUGUUUCAUGAUCUUAUUACCAUUCUGUGCUGUCCUGAGUGGUCAGGAAUCUGGGCAGUAUCCCCCAUGAUGCGGUGGUUUUGAGACAAGACGCUAGUAAAUGUGCUUUUCCUUGCAAGCCUACCUCAACUAGGACAAGGAACUUGACUUGGCAAGGAACACUAAUAUCUCAUCACUAAACAGCAUGUUAGGUAUAUGUGCUGGGAAUGGUAUUAACUCAUAUUUAUGACUUUUGUUGAAUAGUGAUGAUACGAGAACUCUUUCCCGCCUAUCUCUUAAGCGUGCUCACGCCGAGGCCAGAUAGAUGAGUGAGACCAACAAUCACCAUAGUGUAUCAUCGUACUCUAGUAGUUCUCUGUGAUUCAUUGAAGGGACAGUUCACCCAAAAAAGGAAAUUGUCAUCAUUUACUCACCCUCAUGUCAUUCCAAACCUGUAUCAUUGACUUUCUUCUGCAAAACACAAAAGAUAUUAUGAAGAAUGUUUUGAAAAAAACUGUUGUCACUGAAAGUCAAUGGGGUCCAAAGUUGUUUUGCACCAUUGAAUUUCAUUGAAUUGAAAAAAUGCCACUUGAGAUAUCUAUCAAAAUAUUAUCUUUUGUGUUUCACAGAAGAAAAAUUUAUACAGGUUUGAAAUGACAUGAGGGUGAGUAUAUGACAGAAUUUUAUUUUUAGGUGAACUAUCAAUUUAACUAAAAGCUUGGACAUAGUGGGGGGUCGUUUCACUACUGUUACAGUGCUUCAGUUAGACUCCUCACGUCACCGGGCGUAAACCAAGCUUUACUUCGUCUAAAAAGUUUUUAUGUUUAGUUGUUCGUGUUUGAAAUGAUCCUGCUAACAGUUUGCUAUCACUGUGUGCUUGUAUCAGUCUGGACAACAUUGUCUUUUUUGGUUUGUUUUUGCUAAUUACAUUUGAGUACUGAUCGCUCCUCUGGUCUGAGGAGGAACGACAAAUACUCAACAGGAGAGAAACCACUGAGGUUGUCCAAUAUGAACACACAUGAGCAAUAUAUUAAAAAUAUGUGGAGUACAUUUAGAAACCAACGCUAAUACAGCUGUGGUGAUUGUUCUAGAGAUGCACUGUGAACAGUGGUAGAGCUUCAUUGUUGAUCUACAGCACACUACUCUCUUAAAUAACUUACUGUAAUAGUGUUGGAUGGAAGGCAACGGCAAAAAAAGUGUUAGAUUGUGAGAAACCGAAUAUAAGCUUUCAGUUAUGAAGCCUGAUUCAUUGCCAUACAACUUAUGACUAGCUGACAGACAGAUAUUGGUGAAAUUGAUGGAUUGCAUUGAUAAAUAUUUUCUUGAAAGCACCUAGACACUCCUUUGCUGCUGUUCAGUCAUUUACCAUCAACAAUAGGUGAUUUUUUUUAAUUAUUUUUUUUUUCCUUUAAAAUUUGUAUAGUUCUUCUUGUAUAAUUUAUUACAUUAUACAUUUUUAAGAUCGUACAAAGGAUAACAAAGAUCCGCCAAGUGUUUUCUACGGAGGCCCUAAAGGGCCUGGCGAAGGGGGAAAAAAAUUAGAUGGGAGGAAAUAUUUUCGAUGCUUUUGUGAUCUCACACAAAUGUUUUUGUGUUUGCCCGAAAAUUUUUGCAUUAGCUUGAAAAUUUUUGCUUUUCUCCAAGAAACUUUGCAUCAGCUUGCAAAAUUUUUCAGUUCCCAGAGAAAUUCGCGUUAGUUCUCCUGAGAAACGUUGCAUUCACUCUCAAACUUUUGAGUUUUUGUGAGCUGCUUGGGGAUGCAAAAGUUUUGCGAGGGAGAUUUCGCAAGCGAAUGCAGGGUUUCUCUGGGGAACGUAAAACAUUUCCGAGAGAAUGCAAAAGAUAUAUUUUUCUUCCUCUCUCGAAUAUUUUUUUUUCAUCACCAUUUCCCUUUGGGGGUCCGUAGCUUUCUUGUUUUGGACUAGUCCAAAUUUUGACUUUCAGGUGCAGUAGUUCUUUUUCAAAAUGUAGACAUAUCAGCUAUUUCAGUGUGCAAACGCACACACGUUACAUGCUUGCGUGCCUUGUCCUUGCUUCUGGACACAUCCUCUCUCCAGAGCACCGCUAACCUCAUUAUAAGACGCAUAAACACAUGCUAUUGUUCCUUUAGUCUUCUUACAGAGCAUUUAUUGAUACGUUCGUGCGCACAAAUCUGGGCUCUAAAAUAGGGCACGGAUCGUCUACCCACCAGCUGUCCUCCGCCCACACAUGAUUCACGGCUUCUCCUGUGCGCCACCAUCCUAUCUUCUUGUCUGUUCUACUUUUAAGCUAAACCGAGCGCCGUGCCUUCGGGAUCAGGGUGGGAAAACCUCUCUCGCCUGAAAACUUUCUCCCCUCUUCAUUUUAAGAGCUACCUACAGGCAUUCGCUGUCACUCCGGAAAAGUCUCCUGAAACUUUAGAAAUGUGGCACACAAGUGCUUUUAUACAUUGUCAAUAAAGCGUAAUUGUCUUUUGACGGUUAUAUACCGGGGAAUAUUAAAUGCACAGUGCUGCAGUGGCUUUAUUAUAUUUAAGCCUAUUCUGAGGGAUUAUUAUUGGGCGUUUCACAGUGAAAUUCUAAAAUCACAAACAUGUAGGAUGGCUGCAAUCUCAUAGGUAGAAUAUUGAGAUGUGCAGUUGGUCACCAAAGACUUUUUUUUUUUUUUUUUUUUUGUUAUAGCUUUUUAUGUAUUGUUCAGAAAAUUUGGAUUAAGAAAAAUGCUGGCUCGCGAAGUUCUUGUAUUACUCUUAACAGUAUUCAGUAAUCCUAGAUGGUACUAGUUGGCUAUGAAGGAUGUUUUUUUGUUUUUGUGCCACAGGAGGAUCGUAGCCUGCUGAAUGAUAUUCAGGCAAACCUACUGAAACAGUUUUUGAAAGACUGCAUUAUCCAUGUCCACCUUCUCUGUUCUCUCCAUUUGAAAUGUUCCGUGGCCAAAUUGCAUGAUGAGAUCAAUUCCAAAUUGGCUUGUUCUCUUUAUGCUCUUGCCAAUGUUCUCAGCAUUAAAUUAUCAGUCUGGAUCCUUAUUGUCACAUUGAGAGAGCUUUCUAGGACUUCGUAUCAUCUUUUGCUAAAUUGUUAGUAGGCGUAAAUGAUGCAAAGUUGUAAGGCUGCAAAGUACUGAAUAAGAUGAACAUUACAGAGCCUGUAAAGACUUUGAUGCUUCUUUCCUUUACUUAGUUUUCCACAAUCAAACACGUGAUUGUGCCUCCAGGAUAUAGUGAGUGAUGCAAUUUCAUUUUGUUUGCUUGAACUUUUUUUUUUUUUUUUUGAAGGCUUUAUGGUAGAUUCCCCUUUCGAUUUGAGUAAUUAAAACAAUAAAAUGGCAGCAAAAAAAGGUUUAAAAUGAGGCUACAGUAUUUAGAUAUGUCCAUUUGAGUAGAACAAACUCCACUAUCAACUUAAAUGUUGAAUCCUGUUCUUCAUUUGAGGGAACCCUCUUCUAAAUCAUUCAACACAGACUGUACAUAUCCACACUGUGGCCCACUGUGUUUGCUCUCAUUAACUCCUCAUUAGUGUUGAUAUAGUGACUAUUGGUCAGUGCUUAUUCUUUCCUUUCACAACCUCAGUCUUUGUGUAAUUAUGGACUGUUUUUAAUCUUUAUGCUACUGUAAGAAAUAAACACAUUUAAAAAUUG